AUGGACACAUUAUUCAAUUCUACAAAAACAAACCCUAGAGGUAUUCCCUCGGCACCCUUUGUGGAGAAAGUGGAGGAUUUCAUAAAGGAUCCUAAUGAUUUUGAAUUAUGCUUCAAUAAAUUCCAGGAACGAUUAUCCAAAUAUAAAUUCAUGCAGGAAUCUAAAAUGGCUACGGUGAGACAAUUGAAGACCCGAAUCCCUGAUAUUGAUAACACUUUGAAAAUUUGUCACACUUUACAAUUGCAAGAAGACGGAACGUUAGAGACGAAUUAUCAAUUGAAUGACACGUUAUUUACUAAAGCUGUCAUUCAGACGGGAGAAGAUUUGAAAGUUGGAUUGUGGCUCGGUGCGGAUGUUAUGCUAGAGUACCCAUUAGAUGAGGCUAUUGAACUACUGGAGAAGAAGUUAGCUGAUGCGAAGGAGAAUUUGGAAGUUUGUACGGAAGAUGUGGAAUUCUUGAGAGAGAACAUCACAACUAUGGAAGUAAAUUGUGCCCGAUUAUACAAUUGGGACGUCGAGAGGAGACAGGCCCUAAAGAAGGCAGAAGAGGGUACCAAGCAAUUAAAGAUUUAA